AUGGCUGCUGCUGGCACGAGGGCACAGAAGCCCGUUGGCUCGGCCGCAUGGAUCGCCACCGAGAAGGAAAAUGUAGCUGAAUUGGUGGAACAAGAACUGGAAGAAGUCGAAUACCCCGUCCGCCAUGAGAUGGACUGGCUCAACGAGCACAUGGCCGAGAUCUUCUCCAAGGGCCAAGCAAACUUUACCGACGUAUUCAAAACUCCCGGCAAAAUGCGAGGAAAGACUCCUCGCACAGCUCGCAAGCGAAAUGUGGAGGAUGACCGAGUCCCACUGAGCGAGAUUUUCUCCUCCUCCCACAAGCAAGUGGAAAACAAGGCUGUGAGCCCCAGCCCAUUUAUUCAUCGUGUCAUCUCCAAAACUGCUGCGCCCGCGGCGGUUGCCCCUCCCCGCCUCAAGGAAGCCGAGGCGCCAUCGCAGCCCCAAUAUCCAGAUCUCACCCAGAACUUGAACUCCUUCCAAAAAUACAACACCGACUCCGGCUACCAUGGGAUGGAGGAUGAAGAUGAAGAGGAGAUAGAUGAUGAUGAUGAAAUGGUGUUGCCCGAUACACAGCCAGAAUCAGAGACCGCCACACAACCAUUCGAAGUGGAUGAGCCUGCAAGAUCGACCACCCGAUCCGAACUUUCAGUCAGUCAACGAACAACAGAAAACUCUUUCGUCUCAGCUCAAGAGAACGUUCGUGCUCGGGGGGAGACUAUCGAACCGAUGAAUGUGGAUCCGACACCGACGCAGGAGCGCACUUCCCGCGCCGUGAACGCCGCCCACAAGGAAUCUGAGCCUGAACUCGAUACAACUCCAAAGGUUGUGCCUCCGUCUAAGACGAAGUAUCAAACGAAAGCAUCGACCUCCCAGGAAGCCCGGUCGGAAAAGCCCAAGGCCCAGGAAAAGCCCAAGGAGCAAGACCAUGAAGACGUGAUCUCCAGUGUUAAGAACCAGAAGCCAGUGGCUACCCAUCAGCCAAAGGAGGAGGAAUUUGAGUCUCAUGAUGACGAAAUGGAAAUCGAAGAUACGGCGAAGGAUGAUACCAUCCUAGACGACAACUUUGAUGAUAUUGGAUCGCCCUCCGAUGGCUCUACACCAGACAGACUGCCUGUACGCAAGAGUAGCCUGAGCUUUGCCUCUCUGCCGGCUAGAGAGCCUCUGACCAAAAAGAGUAUGGGUGGUGCAAGGAUUUCGCGUACCAGUCACAUCGAUCUCGCAAAAUUGAGCCACAAGAGAAACUCCAAUUUCCUUGGGGUCCACUCAAGUGGUCAUAAAUCGGUACAGCCAUCCUCAGAAGACAAUGCGAGCGAUCCGGCCGUGGACAUUGACGAUGAGAAGAAACCGGAAAAAGAUGUCGAUAUGGACCAGGCUAGCAAGUUGCACAACAAAAAGUCGACCCAAAGCCUACAUGACAGGAUCAGCAUGCUCGGAAAGCCGCAAACACGCCCCAACAAGUCAAUCCCGACGGCAGCGGGGUCUGCCGGUCAAAUUGCCUAUCCUGAGCUCCCGGCUACCAAAACUGGACCAAAACUGGACUCUUCAAAUGAGAAGACUAGGAAAACCCCCGCUCCGAAAACGGACAAUGUUGGCGAUGACGAUUGGAUCAAGGCUCUGGAUUCGCCUCAGCGACCGAAUCUCGCCAAGAGCAAGACCACAGAUGUCAUGGAGAGACUUUUUGAGCCGGAGAGACCCAAAUCUUCCUACCAGAAGAUGAGCCCAGCACUUAAGCAGAAGCUUGCUGAAGAACCCGAGCGGCCUAAAUCAUCCGCUUCCAUCUUUUCCUCUCCUCGCCCACGGGGUCAUCAGCAGAGCGCGUCUACUUCCAUCCUGGGAACUACAACUCCCGUUGGAUCUCCUCGACGUUUCGAGGGUCCGCUCAGUGCUUCCAAGAUAAGGUUGCAGUCAAUUAUGAAGUCUGCCAAGGGCUUGUUCACCAGCACCGGCAGCCCUUCGAGAAUCGAGAGCUCUUCCCCAGUGGCACAUCGUGUGCAGACCCAGGAGCGAAUGAGCGUCGAUAUCAAUGAACAUGACGUUCAAAUGUCUGAGCCACCUCAUAUUCCCAGUCCUCCCGCACGACAGGAGGGCCGCCGCACUCGGAGCUCCACCGAGAAGGAGGAAAAGCGUCAGCGAAAGGAGGAGGAAGACCGCCAACGAGAGGCAGAGGCACACCAAGAAGAGCUGCGACAAGAAGAGGCGCGUUUAGAAAGAACCAAAGAACAGGAGAAACAACAACGAACAGCGCAGCUCAAGGCCGCUCAGGACAAAUCUUCUGUUGAGAUAGAUGAGCGCAACGCACAAAGGCCAUCGCAACCGCAACGACAACAAUCGCGGGAACCUGAGUCAAAAUACGGAAUUCCGCAGCCAAAGCAAGCCGAUCGACGACCCAAGCCCCUGACCCGCGAGGCGGUUCAAAAGCCCGAGCCGCGACCCGUCUCGAUUCGCGUUGGUAGCACAAUGUCCACUCGCCAAAUCCCUGUCGCUACUUCUGUUUCGUCUAGUUUUAAUGAGGCAAAUGCCCCCGCCCCAGCUCCUACCUCUAAGCAGACAAGCUUGAAAAAGAAGGGAAGCAACCAGUCACUCCAGACGGCUUCCUCGACGAAUAGCCUCAAGAGCAGCACUUCAAGCCAGACACAAGCACAGCGAAAGGCUCAAUUAGCGAGCGAGCGCAAACGGGAACAGGAUCGGAAGCGAGCUGCCCAGCAACAGCAAGAGGAAUCUCGUCGUCAGGAGGCCCAGAGCCGUGCUGAGAGUCGUGCCGAGGCAGAUCGCGGACGACGAGAACUAUCUGCCCAGGAAGAAUCUAACAAAGCCGCAAUUGAGAGACGGAGGCAAGAAAAUGCUCGGCGACAACACGGCCGCACCGGUAGCCAGCAGGUCGUCAAUGAGGCUCCUACCCUGCAACACGAGAAAUCAGCCCUUCAAUCCUCUCAGAAGAGUGAUCUGGGAGGAACGAGGCCGCAGUCUCGCGCGGGUCCAGCACCGAAUUAUGGCCGGAUCAAUCCACCUGCGCCUAAUCCUGCCAGACCUGCCAAGAGACCCAUGAAUGAAGAGGCUAGUAACCGACCUCCAGUGAAGAAGAUCAGCAACGUACACUCUGUUAUCGGGGAUAAAUGGGGCAAGGGCGAAGAUGAGCAACAGCACCAAUUCCAACAUCAACCCUCCAGGCCAUCGGUCCGACCCCCCAUGGGACCCCCUAAACGGGUGUCUAACAUGCGCCAGCCGCAGCAUUCCACUAUUAAUCAGUCUAGUAUGGCAUCUUCAUCCGGGUCUAGCAUCUUCAAGCCCGGCCAGGGGCCUCCAGCUCCGCCCAGCGUGCCCCAGCUCAACCCCCCCGCCAAACCAUCUCCCAAAUACCCCAGCGGAGAAAGCAUCCACCUUCCUGAGAUAGCGACGGACAGCGAAGACGAAGACGACUCCGACUCCGAAAUGUUCCCGGUCCCCAAAUGGGCCCAAUCGAAAGAACUCAACGACCUGCUCGUGAUACAGGAUAGAAUGGAACCAGAUUCCAUCUUCGGGCCUAUCGCCCCAUUCUCCCUCGAAGAAACCUUCAAAGCAGACAAGAAGAUCAAGAAGUUCCGUGACCGCACUAGUAGCGCAAACUGGUCGGGCCCAGAUGGUCUUACCCAGGAAGAGAUUCGCAAGGACCGCGCCGAGCGCCAACGUCUCCGUCUCAACGGCGGAUGGUCCUUUGAGACAUAA